CAGACGCACCCCUCCUCAGCUUCCUAUAAGAAGAGCUGGGGACCUGGGACUGCAGCUUCACUCGCUCAUCCAUCAUGAGGCUUUCCACGAAACCCCAGACCUUCCUGCUGGCUUCCGUGCUCCUCUGCACCCUCCUGGGUCUGGGGUACCCACUAAGCUGUGAGGUGUGUACAGGCCCCGGACCCACGUGCAGUGGAAAUGUGCAAACUUGUGACCCCGACCAGGACUCCUGCGUGGUCAUCGUGGCUCACACCAACAGAAAGGGCCACCAGUCGGUGAACACCUAUAAGGGGUGCAUGAAAUCCAGCGCCUGCAGCUCAGGAUUCGUCUCCACCACCAUGGACCCUGAGAACUACAUGGUGUCCAACACACGCUGCUGCCAGAGCGACGUCUGCAACCACGAUCCCCUGCCCGCUCCUGAGAACAAUCGUACGGAGAAUGGCCUCCAGUGCCCUACCUGCAUCACCCCCUUCAAGGAAACAUGCUCAACUAAGAAAGUACUCUGUGUUGGCCAGGAAAGCCACUGUAUCACCUACGCUGGCAAAGUGCAGACUGGUGUCAUAUUUGCUACUCGGGGCUGCGCUACAGAGAAUGCCUGCCACACCAAGCCUGGGACCCUGGUGCCCUCGGCCUCUCGUAUCUACACCAUCACCCAGGCCAACUGUCUUCCAGGCCCCCAGCCUUCUGGCAAGGCUAAGUAA